AUGGAGAAAGACUACGAUGCUUCGCUGACUCGGUGCAGUUGGGACGGUGAUUCCGCUGGGUGGACGGACUUCGUCAGAAGGGUCCGGCUACUUUAUGAGAAGACACCAAGGAAGAAGCGUCGACAAUUCGGUCCCUCCAUUGUUGCCCAACUUCGCGAUAGAGCAUGGACAAUAACGCAAGACGUCAACCACCAGAAGCUGACUCGCCGUGAUGGCUCCGUGUACCUGUUGGAGUUCCUCCGAGAUCGUCUCGGACGGUCUCCGAUUCCUGAUGUCGGAAUCAGGCUAGAGGAGCUCAUGAUCAGGCUCCGUCGAAGCCCCGGCACUGCAAUGAGUUCGUGGGCCUCACAGGUCCGCCAGACAUACAAGCGGGUGCAGGUGGCUUUGCAUCGAGCCCGUAAAGAACAUGGACUUCCCGUCAGCCAAGAACCUCAGGUUCGUGAAGCCGUCCCUCCUCGGCAACCUUCAGCUCCCUCUUCUCCAAGCAAUGCCUCCCGGCGUGAUCGAGGAUCUCCGACGCGCAGAAGCAGCGAGACAACCCAGGAACCGACAGCAGAGGAAGAGGGGCAGCCCGAAGAGGACGCCUUCGAUGCGGAGUAUGACGAGACCGAGUUUGAGCUUCGAGAUGCUGGCCCUAAGAGGAGCUGGCAGAAAGGACGAAAGAAGAAACCGGAUGACGAUGACGACGACAGCGACGACAGCGCCCAGAUGAUGAAGGACUUGGAGGUGUGGGACCGCUAUGAGGAAGGCCUGGAGGAAGUGUUGCCAGGAGAAGUCCUUGGCUGGCUGCUUCUUCGUCGUGCCAACCUCCCGACAAGUGCAAGACUCUCCAUCCAGGCUGCGGCAGGAAACUCUCUCCUGUUCACCGACGUCGAGAGGGCCAUGCGGUCUAUGGAAGAUGAGUUGAUGGUGCAUGAUGAGGCCAAGCGGAACCAUCAACCCCGCCGCAGGUCUUUCUGGGUGGAGGAAGAAGGCGAAUGGAGCCUCGUGAUGGCGCCGGAAGAGGACUUGCAAGAGCUAGUUUCUUCCAGUGAGGUCCACUACGUGGGUUCUCGGCUUCCCCCAGAGGUGUACUACCACCAUGAGCCGGAGCCGGCCAGCUACCAUGGCGAAACAGGCUUCUGGCAUCAGGAUGAUGAUGGUGCAUUCUCCUUCUGGGAAAUGGCUGAGGACGGCGAGUUCUACACCCAGGACACGACAGGACUUUAUGGGCCUGGCAUGAUUGGGAGGAUUUCAGUGGUGGCACCUCGACGGCUCCUUCCGAUGCCACGCGCGACGCUGAAGAUGCCUUUUCCCUCCAAGAUCCCAAGUAAGGGCAAAGGUAAAGGGAAAGGAAAGCCGUCCUUUCCUCGUUCUCCUCCAGCUCCCAUCUUGGCAGCGACCUCCGACAUCUUUGCUCAGCCUGGAGAUCCAUCCUUCUCAGGCUGCUUCGUGUGUGGAUCGAAGGAACACUCGUGGAGGUCGUGUCCCAAGAGGUCCUCUACUGGCAAGGGCUCCUCCAAAGGCAAGGGCGCCCGCAACUUCAUGGCUGAGGGUAUCUUCAUGGUCUCCCCCGACUCCCCGCGCGAGAUCCUCCAACCCGACAAGGGCAUCUCCACGAUCCGCGACGGGGACAAGCAUGAGAUCCUUGACACAAGGACCCCAAGCGACAUGUGUUUGGAUUUUCGGUGGGGUGGACUUCAAGACACUUCAUACGUGGUGACUUCACACCAAAUUGAUGAUGCUUUUGCUUCGGGACAAGGGGAGGCUCAGCCCAGGGGACACGCGGUCAUUGACUCAGGAGCAACUGAGACCGUCGGCUCGCUCCCUGCUAUCGAGGACUUGAUGGCAGUUAGAUAUGAACUAAAUGGCGUCCCCGACUCCUUUCAGAUAUCCUCAACUCCUCCCAGGAGAUUUCGAUUUGGAAACGGAUCGAUUGGUUUUUCCUUGUCACAAAUGUUCAUUCCUCAGGACUUGGGUCCCGUCCGUGUGGAUCUAGGAGUGUUUUCUCUGGACGUGGAGAAUGUCCCAAUCUUGAUCGGCAUAAAAACUCUCAGGGCUCUGCGCACCGUGCUGGAUUGCCAUCAGGAUGUGGCGGUGUUUGCUGCACUGGACCCCUCCACAGGGGUUAAGCUGCGUAGAAGUCCCUCAGGACAUUUGUUGAUCGAUUUGAGUCGCAAUUGGCAGAAGAAAACAUCGGUGCAGUGUUUGUGCUUGAGCCUUUGCCAUCUGAUUUCCAAGCUCGAGGGGAUACUCAUCUUGAAUAUGAAGCAGCGCCUGAAUCUCCUUCUUCGUGUCCUGCAGUUCUCUUUCACUCACGAGGGUGUGCCGAUAGUGCUCCUGGAGAAGACUCCAGUGGGUGCCUUGAAGAUCCCUUUCGAAUCCUUCGUGCUCUUGUACGGGGCCAUGGCCACUCCGACUGCCGAGAGCAGCGGCUUGUCUGCGGCUGCGGUGGAAGCUUCAGUGGCCAAGGCCAAAGCUGCGGUGAUCGAAGAAGCCAAUCCCAGGGACGUGCGCUUGAAGGGACCCCCAUGUAUGGGACCCCACGUCGUGGCGACAAGGAGCAACCAACAUGCCACGUGGCAACUCUGCACCCGGUGCAGCCUCAGGCUCACCUACAUCCCCCGGGUUGGCAAGACAGGUCUCCACCGUGCCGCCCGACCCCUCAACCUCGAUGUCCAGGAGGUGGUGACCGAGACCAAGGAGGAUUUGGCUUUCAACCCUCGCCUGAAGGAUCAGGCCAUCGCUCUUCAAGCUGCAGAGAACAGCGUGGUGCGCCAGCUCGAGAAGAUCAGGACGCAGAAGGACAAAGUGAUCCCCAAGCAGGGCCCAAUGGGAGCAAGCCCUCUGCCACCUUCCUCACCUUCGAGUGCCAACGCCGGAGCUGCGAGCCCAAAGUCGACCGUUGUGGUGAACCUCGAAGAGGCGAGUGCAGAGGGUAUGAACCAGACUCCUGGGAACAAGCGACAUCAAGCGAUCCCAGCGGAAGAGCAGGAGUAUCAGACGAAUUGUGAACAGCUUCUUUUCCAGCUCAUGGCUGUCCGUGAAGCCAUCUCUCAGAGCAACCGCAGUACUCUUGAACCGAAAAAUGGGACUGGGUACAACGUUUUCGGCCUCUUUUCACAUGGGAACAUGUCCGGCAUCGCUCGAAAGAGUCACGAGCUUCCAUGGUUGUGCAAGUACGUGAACCUCUUCGGCAAGCACCACCUUGCUCAGGAGGGAUCAUGUUGGACAAGUUUUGCGGUGAACUUUAAUCAGCCCAUGAACAUCCAUCUUGAUCCCAACAAUGAUCCUGGUAGCAGCAACUUCACUUGCUCCUUCGGAGACUUCAAAGGGGGACAACUAUGGGUGGAGUUGACUGAAGAUAGCGAUCCCAGUGUGAGCCCGGUGCGAUGGAAGACCAAGCGUAACGGUCAACGAGUACCAGGUACCAGAAUCUCUUUGACCUUUUACUCCUCUCGGUUGUCCGUCAGGCCUUUGAAGUACGACGACAACGAGGGCGAGGACGCCUAUGCCGUUGAUCCAGUUGAGGGACAGGGCGCGGGAGAAGUUCUCUUGUGCCAGGAUGUCCGUCACCUUCUACAAGCCUCGUGCGAGGAAGUGUGGGAUGAGGUGGAUGUCAUAGAGCUCACCAGCAACUGGAACAGCGAAGCCCGGCUUUCGCAUGGUUCCAACUUCCGAAAGGUGUUGAGGAAUGUGAUCUCCCUUUCCCAACAACAACUUCGUCGUGGAGAAUGUGUCUGGGUCUCAGAAAAGCAUUCCAGUGCUUGGCGAGAUCGUGACUCAUGCCAGUUCUGGCAGACUCUUGCAGAAUCCGGAAAGGCCUUCGAGUGGCAGCACGGAGAUCUACAAAUUCGAACCACGUCAAAGGCGAUGUUCCUGGAUUGCUCUAGGGUGUCUUCAAAAAUGGAGAGUGUAGAGAACCAGUGGGAUUACCUGUAUCGUGCCUUCUGUGGGUCAGUCAUGAACUUUCAUGGGGCUAGCUCAGCCUCAGGAGAAGGGAACCCCGUCUAUGCCGUGACGGCCCAGAAAGAAGCUCUUGAAGGCGUGGAUAAGAAGGAGCUGGAAAGCUUGUUAGACACCGUGCAGAAGCUUCAUCGGAGGUUCGGACAUCCUUCCAACAGCCUCCUCCUCAAGAACCUUCGAGCCAGAGGUGCAUCUCCUAAGCUGUUAGCCGUGGCCGCUGAGUUUAAAUGUGACAUGUGCAUGGAGAACCAGAUUCGCACUUCAGCUCCCGCGGAAGUGUUCCACUACUUGCUCAUGGUCGAUGAGGCCUCCGGCUUCUGCGUAGUAGAAGAGAUGAUAAGGCACCCCGAGAAAGAGAUGAGGCACAUGACGACCGCCCAGGUAUGCCGGACCUUGGAACUUCGCUGGUGCCAGAUCUUUGGGUUUCCUGAAACCAUCAAGCUCGAUCCCGAGGGAGCUUUCAGAGGACUUGAUCUGGGAGAAUACUGCUCGUCCCGAGGCAUCGAGCUCAGUGUCAUUCCUGCCGAGUACCACGAAGGGAUCUCCGAGGUCGAGCGAUCCAUUGGGACAAUUCGUAGGAAGAUUGAGGCCUUCAUGCGCCAGGAACAGUAUCAUCCUACGAGGGCGGCUGCGCAGAUGGUCUGCGCCCAAAGUGCUAUGUCCGACCCUUCCCAUGGCAUGGCAGAAUCCCUUGAGCUACGCACCAGGGCAGAGAAAGCCUUCAUCGAAGCUCGAGCUCGAGAAGUGAUGUCAAGGGCAAUGAAUUCCCGAACAAGGCCAGCCAAAAGAUUCUUGCCUGGGGACAUCAUUUUCUACCAACGAUUCCAGGUUCCGCAGGAUGCUCCGGCCAACUCGGUGGUGGACCGUCCCCGGAUGGGGAUAGCCCGCUUCUAUGGACCAGCCCGAGUGUUGGCCACAGAGACUCGUGUGGUCUCAGAAGAAGGGGUCCGAAAGCCUAGUGCAAUAGUGUGGGCAGUCUGCAACGGCCGGCUUAAGCGCUUUCAUCAGAGUCAGGUCCGACACUCCACCGAAUCUGAGCGCCUCAUCGCCGAGGGUGCAGCAGGUGCCGAGUUUCCGUGGAUGUUUGCUUCGUUGGCGAGUCUCCUUGAUCGUGGUUCCUUUGACGAUGAAACCAUCGUUCGCUCCCGAACCCGAGGACGUUCCAAGACUCCGGCCCGAUCCAGGUCAGUUCCUCCUGGUCGGCGAGCUGCUCCAGAACCUCCAGUACUCCCUCCUCAGCUUCAUUACGGUCCUGAGCCAGAAGCCGAGGACUUUGAAGAAGAAGAGGAAAUGAUUCCAGUCCCUGCUGAGAUGUCACGAGGCUCAAAACGUCCGGAUCCGGAGCCUCCUCAUGAUGAUGAGGCGGAGAUGAUCCCUGUGCCGCAGGCUCACAAUUCGCUGGUGGAAAAUUUGGACAUGAGUCGUUUCUUGAAUGAUCCUCAAUACCUUCCCGCGAACUUUGUGACCUUGGAUCAGGAAGAGAGUGAGAGUUCUGCCUAUGUCAUCCAGAAUGCCUCAUGCGCCUCCUUGCAGGACGAGUCCCCUGCGUUUGCAGUCACCCUCGCUGCCCCAUCGAGCGAGGCCGAGUGGAAGGCCCUCGUGAAGAAUCCCAAACGAUUCAUCGCGAAAAGCGUCCAAAAGGGCGUAGAGGUCAGCUAUGCCAAACUUAAUGGGGUACAGCGUGCUGCAAUGGACGAGGCCAUGAAGGUCGAAGUGGACAACUGGAUGAAGACCCAGGCUGUGAGGGCAGUUCAGAAGUUUCUGCCUCAGAGAGAGUUGCUCAAAAUGCGAUGGGUUCUCACUUUCAAAAGUGCUCCUGAUGAAUCUGCUGAGCCAAAGGAUGGACAACCUGCGAGCGAUCCCCCCAAAGCCUCUGGAGAGCGGAUCAAAGCCAAGGCUAGAAUUGUCAUUCUCGGCUACUCCGAUCCGAAUCUUCUGGAGGCCAAUACGGUGAGCCCAGCUAUGUCACGUCUUUCUCGGCAACUUCUGUUAAACAUGGCUUCAGUUCGAAAGUGGGACAUCUUGUGUGGGGAUGUGAAAUCGGCCUUCUUACAGGCAAAAUCUCCACAAGGGCAGAGGUGCGUGUUCGCGGCUCCAGUUCCCGAGCUGGCGCAUGCGCUCGGCCUACAAGAAGGACAGGCAGUGCAGCUCCUACGCAGCUGCUACGGAUUGGUAUCCGCCCCAAGAGAAUGGUACGAAGACGUACAUAGGACUUUGGUCAGCUUAGGUGCCGAAACGCUUACCACCGACAGCUGUGUGUGGCGCAUCCGGGAUGCUUCAGGCGCUGUGGUUGGACUUGUGUCCAGCCAUGUUGACGACUUCUUAAUGACGGGAUGCUCCUCCUCAAAGGCCUGGCAAGACUUCUUGCACGGCUUCAAGAAUGCCUAUGAAUGGAGUCCAUGGGAGCAUGGAGCCUUUCGACAUUGUGGUGUCAACAUCAUGCAGCAUCCUGACCAUUCUGUAAGCUUAGACCACUCCAGUUUCUGCCAGGAGUUGAAGCAGCUCGACCCGAUCCGUGAAGAGCGCAAGUUGACUCUUGCGGAAGUCAGCCAGGUGCGUGCCGUGUUGGGAAGUGUGCAGUGGAGAGUUUAUCAAAGUGCUCCACAGCACGCUGCUAAACUUAAUUAUCUGCAAUCUCUCAUCGCUUCGCAAGAUUCCAGCAUCGUGGAACAGGUCAACAAGUUGAUCCGUGAAGUGUAUUCAGCUCGAAGUUUGUCUGUUCAGGUGCAAUCUUUGGGAGCAGAGGAUCCCGAGCAGUUAUGCAUGAUCGCAUGGUCAGACGCUUCUCUUGCGAAUCGUCCGGAUUUCUCAUCCACAGGAGGGCAUUUAAUUGCUCUAAUGCAUCAGCAGUCUCUCGAGGCUGGAAUGGGACGCGUCAAUCCUAUCGCCUGGAAGAGUGGAAGAUUGCACCGAAUAGCCCGUAGUUCUUUGAGUGCAGAAUCACAAGCCCUUGCUGACACAGAGCAGGAGCUUUUCUUUGCUCGCUUAGAGUGGCGGGAGAUGAUCGGCGACUAUGUCGAUGCCAAGGUCCCAGAGAAUACGGCGGCCAAGGUCCCCUCAUACCUUGUGGUCGACGCAAAGGCCAUGUUCGAUACGUUGUCGAAGGGUGUCUUCGUUGCCAGUCAAAAGGAUAAGUAUACUGGUUUGGAACUUUUGUCGUUGAGACAGCAUCUAGAAAAACAAAAGACAGUGCUUUUGUGGUGUGAUAGCAACCACAUGCUGGCGGAUGGUUUGACGAAGGCUAGCAAACAAGAUGUGCUCAAACGUUUCCUGGCAUCUGGAUAUUGGAGGAUCCGUUACGAUGGAGCCUUCAUUUCAGCGAAGAAGAGACGUCAGAUGUUGAGGGAGCCUGCUGCGGAGAAUGUGACAAACUCUGUUUUUCUUCAGUGUACAGAGCAGGCGCAAGCACUGAAAUGCUUCGGCAUUCUUCCUGGGGGCAUGUCAGAAGACUUGUACAAAUCAGUUUUGCCUCCACCUUCCAGUGCUUGCAAGCAUUCGGUUCUCACUUCCAGCAGUGCGGAAAACGACUACCACUUCUUGCAUCACAUUUUUGGCGACAACAGAUUUCCUGGAAGCCACAUAGAAGAGGAGAGCCCAACACGCUGA